GAAUUUGUGUGAAUUCGAGUCAGUCGAAAGGUCUUGGAUAAUAGAAGACUCUAGUUUGUUUUGUUUUUUGUCAAUUUUUCUUUUUGGAGAAGAAUGAACUACGAUACAGCUACGAGUUCAUUUCCUGCAUCGCGUGGUCGUGGAAGAGCUGCUAUCUUACCUGCAUGGAUGACAGAUCCGGUACUCGCUAAAGAGGCAAGAAGCUCUUUAACAAAAGAAACAUCUACUGAACCAUUCAGUUCUUCUUACAAAGACAAUUUACAAGAAACUUCUCAACCUAAUAAAACACACUAUGUUGACAAAACGGAUUCUUGCCUUGCGGAUCAAAAGUCUCCAAACAUCAAUGUUGCCAUAAAAGAAAAAUAUCGUUCAACUAGUGGUUCUUCUGAAAUGAGAACUGCCUCUUCUUAUGAUUCCAAUCUUGAAAAAGCUCCCAAACCUUCUUCAGUACCGAAUUCCGUUCCUACUAGUAAUAAAACUAAGGAUGUCUAUGUUUCAACGCCAAUCAAUCCAUCUCCUUUUUCCCCAGCGUUAACCAAUUUUUCUAAACACGCCACCGAUGAUGCCACUAGGCAAUUGGAUGUUACAAUUCAUAAAAAAAAUUUUAAUCCGCCUGAUAGAAAAAACUCAAAAUCGUCCACAUCAUCGCGUGAUCGUGAUUUAAACCAUUCAAAAACGUCACGAACCCAUUCGAAUACAUCUCAACUUGUUUCCUCUUCUUAUCAUGAAAAUUCAUGUUAUUGUGGUAAAAGCUCUCAUAAACUGCAAUGUGAUUGUACCCUCAAGUUAAGGGACCAUCAUUACGUUAAAAAAAAAAGAUCUCGUUCAUGCUUAAGAGAUUCAGAUUCUCAUAAGCUUCCAACGGAUACUUAUAAGAAAUCGGCACGUCAAAGCUUACCGCCUAUAAGCGAUGUACAUGUUGCUGACAUGUUAUGCGAAGAUCUCAUUCAAAUAUGUAAUAGCCAAUCGUUCAGGAAGCUAACAGCUCGUUUGGUUCAGUUCCGUGAAAAUGUUGACACUGAGAUAUUUGUAUUUGAAGAUAUCAAUGGCCAUGUUGGCUCUUGGCGUUCUUUUGAAAAGUACUGGCUAAGUGACAAAAGGCUUCAUUUCUCGGUGGAAGUCACUCACCGAGUAUCGAUUGCGGCCAGCAAGACAACAUCGUAUGUUUUACAACUAGAAUGGAUUAUACCUCUUGAAUUCCAUGAUUCACAUAACAAAAAAUCAACUUCUCAUUUCGCAUUAUAUGAAUGUCGUGAAAAGAAACUGACGCGUUGUUUUCAAUUUCAAAAUUCUCUUAAAGAUUAUAUGAAAAAAGAAAUGAGCUUCACUUUUAGAAGAUUAAGACAGGAGCGUGCAUGGCACUAUGUUGUGAAGUAUAUUUUAAAAAAAGGGUACAAACCAAGUAUUAAUUGCGUCUUUUGGGAUUUUAUAGAAAACAAAAAUGUAGCGGAACCACUUGUGUUAAAUUAGUUUCAUCAAAAAAUAAAGUUAAUGAAAAAUUUUUUUUCGAGUUUGCGCUUACAAUUG